GUUUUCUCAUCAAGCAGAAAGCAAAUUAUAUUUUAUAUAAUAAAUAAUCAUAGCUUCUCGAUAUUCGAACAUGGAUCCAAGCAUGAUAUUGAAUCAAUAUAUUUUCGAAGAGAUUUUAGACUAUGUUCCAGCAAAGGAACUGAAAGAGUUGACAACUGUCAAUAAAUCAUGGUAUGAGGCUAUUACAACAAGCUCAGUAUUGAUGAAGAAGUACUUCCUUAGCAUCCGUGGUGAUUGGAUUAAUGACGGUGACUUUAAGGACGUCGUAAGUAGCAGUAAAAGGAAUUUUCAAAAAAUCAUCAUAUCUGACGUCACUGAGAUUUAUACUGACGUGUAUGAGAACAUCCUGCAAUGCUCAAAUAAUAACUGGAAGACAGUUGAGAUUUAUGGACUUAAGCUGAAGACAUGUGAUGAAUUAAGGAAUCUCUUCGAUUGUUUCGAGUCAUCAGUUAAGAAUCUCGUGCUGAGUUGUGUGUCUGUUGCUGAACAUUCUGAGCCUUUAAAGUUUGGCAUGAAGAACUUGAAGAAUUUAAGAAUCUCACAUUGUGAUGCUGAAAUUACAUCAAGUGUCCUUAAAGCAGCAUCAAAUUUAGUGUCAUUAGAAUUGCAACAUACACCUGAGUACAACAUUGAAAUAAUUGAGUUUUUAAAGAACAUGAAAACAUUAAAGACACUCGAAAUGCGUGGCGAAUGGUUCAACAAAUUCUUUGCAUCAUUAAAUGUCUCGGAAAUUCAAUUUCAACUUGAGGAAUUUACAAUCACGUGCAUCGACUAUGUCAUGCCACCUAACAUUCUUACAAAUUUCCUUCAAUUUAUUGACAAACAGCACAGCUUGAAGAAUAUCCAUUUAAGUGAAUGGUUUGGAUUGAAAGUUUUACUUUCCAUCUACCAAAUGACAUCGAUUAAGGAACUGUCCAUUUUCAUUAGUCCAUUCUUUCGUUGGAAUAUCGCAAAACUUCCAGUAAACAAUUCAAUUGAGAUUUUAGAUGUAAGGACAUUGGAUGUUACUGAUGAACUAUUCAACUUGUUGAUUCUGUUGACUGCAUCACCAAGCCUCAAAACUCUCCGUCUGCGAUCAAUUAACGCGUCACUUGCAGAAUUCAUCAUGUUAAAUUUAAAGAAAGUCACUGAAAUCUCCUUAGUUCACUCGAAUAACUGUGAAAAGGUCAAAACGAUGCUCCAACAUGUCGAGUUCGUUUAAAAAGGAAAGCUUUUAUGUAUUUUGAUACUAAACCUGACAUAUAUUUUCAUAUUUUAUAUUUUUUGACAUUAAUUUUGUACACACUCUCAUGAUUAUAUUAUAAAUUUUUCAAAUAAAUGACUACAUGUUACAUAAACAAGU